CUCUUCAACCUCUCCGUUCCCUCCUCCUCGCACCGCCGAGAAGACGCGCAGAGAGAGAGAGAGAGAGAGAGAAGAGGAAGCGAAGAUGCAGAUCUUCGUGAAAACCCUAACCGGCAAGACCAUCACCCUCGAGGUCGAGAGCAGCGACACCAUCGACAACGUCAAGGCCAAGAUCCAAGACAAGGAAGGAAUCCCGCCGGACCAGCAGCGGCUGAUCUUCGCCGGGAAGCAGCUCGAGGAUGGCAGGACUCUGGCCGACUACAACAUCCAGAAAGAGUCCACGCUUCAUCUCGUUCUGAGGCUGCGCGGAGGGAUCAUCGAGCCUUCUCUGAUGGCUUUGGCUCGCAAGUACAAUCAGGACAAGAUGAUCUGCCGCAAAUGUUAUGCCCGCCUGCAUCCGAGAGCUGUGAACUGCCGCAAGAAGAAAUGUGGUCACAGCAAUCAGCUGAGGCCUAAGAAGAAGAUCAAGUAGACUUUAGGUGGUUACUUACUCUUUACUGUUGCAGAGCAUCUUGUUUUACAUUGAAGUAAUGCUUGUGUUGAUGACUAGUUGACUACUUUCAUUGUUUCAACCGAGAAGAAUUCAUUUGGGCA